ACUAAAAGUCAUCUCAUGUGUGCAGUUACAGCACUUCCCGAAGGAGACUCAUCCAAGAAAAUUGUGGAAUUAAUUUGCCAAACAGGUUUUUCCGAUUCUGAGAAUAAAUUUGGUGAAAUUGAAAGGAUAUUGAAGGUUCACAACAUGCAAAGAACUCUUUCCCAAUUCGAAGAUUACAGAGAAACGGUAAAGCUCAAGGCAAAUAAACUAUCGAAGAAACAUCCACGCUGCCUGGCUGAUGGGAAUGAGCUUUUGAGGUUCUAUGGCACAACUGUUGCAUGCUCUCUUGGCUUGGAAAACACUCUGAGCCUCUGCAUAUUGGAGAAAUGUGGUGUCUGUCAAAUUCUAAGAUGUGGGUUUUUCAGCAAGAAGGAACCCAAGGGAUACUGGGGUGUUUUUACUUCUUCCACAAGUAAAAGAGCUAUGGACUCUAUUGAACUUGAUGAUGGAAACCAUACUCUAAGGAAAGCUCUGGUUGUGUGCAGGGUAAUUGCCGGCAGGGUUCUUAAACCAUCAGAAAAAUUACAGGAAAAGGAAGGUCAAUCAAACUUUGAUUCACUAGCUGGAAAAUCUGAUUGCCAUUCGAAUAUCGAGGAACUCUAUUCACUAAGCCCUAGAGCUCUCCUCCCUUGCUUUGUAGCAAUCAUUUGCAGAAGUUGAUU